AUGUAUUACUCUCAAAACACCCUGCCCCUCCCAGCCCGAUACAACAUCACCAGCACCUUCUGGAAACACCACUACGAGAUCACCGGCUCUCACAACCUCUACGUGGACAACUCCCAAAUGACCCCCGGCAAACCCGACCUCACCUUCCACUCCGGCAACAAAGGCGGACCCAUCAUCGCCCUAUCUAAAUACAAGCACUUCUCCUCGGACAUCGAGAUCGGACUCAGCGAGGGGCCCACCAACUCCAUGAGCUGGGACACCCUCCACCGCGACGGCUGGCGCUCGUCAAAAUAUAAAUUCACCGCCGAGGUGAACGGGAGACGCGAGACUUUUACCUGGCACUCGACGCACAAGAUGUCACUCACCCGGGGCGGAAGCCUGGAACUAGUGCAUGAUCGGACAGGGGCCGUUGAAGCUGUCUUCGCUAGCCAUUGUGGGUUAAAGGGAUCCGACCACGUGUUGACCAUUAAUGCUUGCCAUGACCAUCGGUUCCAAUUGCUGGUUUUAAUGACAUGUAUCACCCUGGCGGAGAAAACCCGGAGACGGAAUGAGGCGGCAGCCGCUGGAGCGGCUAGCAGUGCCAGUGCCAGUGCGAGUGCGGCGGCAGCAGCUUAA